AUGGCUCCCGCCUGCCAGAUCCUCCGCUGGGCCCUUGCCCUGGGGCUGGGCCUCACAUUCGAGGUCACACACGCCUUCCGGUCUCAAGAUGAGUUCCUGUCCAGCCUGGAGAACUAUGAGAUCGCCUUCCCCACCCGAGUGGAUGACAACGGGGCACUGCUGGCCUUCUCGCCCCCUGCCCCCCGGAGGCAGCGCCGGGGCACAGGGCCUGCAGCAGAGUCCCGUCUCUUCUACAAGGUGGCUGCGCCCAGCACCCACUUCCUGCUGAACCUGACCCACAGCUCGCGCCUUCUAGCAGGACAUGUCUCUGUGGAGUACUGGACACGGGAGGGCCUGGCUUGGCAGAGGGCCGCCCGGCCCCACUGCCUCUAUGCCGGCCAUCUGCAGGGCCAGGCGGACAGCUCUCGUGUGGCCAUCAGCACCUGUGGGGGCCUGCAUGGCCUGAUUGUGGCAGAUGAGGAAGAAUACUUGAUUGAGCCUCUACAAAGUGGAGCCAAAAGGGGCCGGGGCCCAGAGGAGAGUGGCCCCCAUGUGGUGUACAAGCGUUCCUCCCUGCGUCACCCCCAUCUGGAUACAGCCUGUGGAGUGAGAGAUGAGAAACCGUGGAAGGGGCGGCCAUGGUGGCUGCGCACCCUGAAGCCGCCACCUGCCAGGCCCCUGGGCAAUGAAACGGAGCGCAGCCAGCUGGGUCUGAAGCGCUCCGUCAGCCGAGAGCGCUACGUGGAGACCCUGGUCGUGGCUGACAAGAUGAUGGUGGCCUACCACGGGCGCCGAGACGUGGAACAGUACGUGCUAGCCAUUAUGAACAUUGUCAGGUUGCCAAACUUUUCCAAGACUCGAGUCUGGGAAACAUCGUUAAUAUCCUGGUCACACGGCUCAUCCUGCUCACAGAGGACCAGCCCACUUUGGAGAUCACGCACCACGCCGGGAAGUCGCUGGACAGCUUCUGUAAGUGGCAGAAAUCCAUUGUGA